AUGGAUGGCCGAGACUUCGGGCCCCCGCGGUCCGUGCACGGCCCCCCACCGCCGCUGCUGUCCGGCCUGGCCAUGGACAGCCACCGCGUGGGCGCGGCCGGACGGCUGCCGGCCACCGGCCUGCCCGGCCCGCUGCCGCCCGGGAAGUACAUGGCUGGCCUCAACCUCCACCCUCACCCGGGCGAGGCCUUCCUGGGCAGCUUAGUGGCCAGCGGGAUGGGGCCCUCGGCCUCAGCCCACGGCAGCCCCGUGCCCCUGCCUUCUGACCUCUCCUUCCGAUCCCCCACCCCCAGCAACCUGCCCAUGGUGCAGCUGUGGGCUGCCCACGCCCAUGAAGGUUUCUCGCACUUGCCCAGUGGGCUGUACCCAUCCUACCUCCACCUGAACCACCUGGAGCCCCCCAGCAGUGGGAGCCCCCUCCUCAGCCAGCUGGGUCAGCCCAGCAUCUUUGACUCGCAGAAAGGUGAGGGGGGGCAGUACGGCUUCUACCUGCCUGCCCCGGGGCCCGGCGCCCUGCAUCCCCACGCGCCGUCCUCCAGGACCCCCGGUGGUGCCUCCACGGGCACCUCGGCCAAAGGCUCUUCGCGAGAAGGGACAACCAAGGAGAGGGCGGGCCGUGGCGGGGAGCAGCCCCUGUUGUUCGGCAAGAAAGACCCGCGAGCCCGUGAAGAGGCAGCAGCAUCGGGGCCACGCGGCAUUGUGGACCUAACCCAGGAGGCCAGGGCGGAUGGCCGCCCCGACCGCGGGCCCCCGCGCCUGUGCCCCUCGCCCCUCCCGCCCAGCAAGGGCCCCCCUGCGCCCCCGGCCCCCGGGGCCUUCUCGGCACCCCCACAGCCCGGCCCCGCGGGCGUCUACACCAUCUUCCCUGCGGCGCGCGAGCCGGGUCGCGAGCACCGCGUCGUGGCGCCCACCUUCGUGCCUUCCGUGGAGGCCUGCGACGAGCGCCCGGGGCCCAUCCAGAUCGCUUCCCAGGCGCGCGAUGUCCGGGCCCGGGAGCGCGAGGCGGGCCGGCCCGGGGUCCUGCAGCCACCGCCCGGCUCUCCGCGGCCACCGCCCGAGGUGCUGCGGGAGAAGAACUCGGUGAUCCGGUCGCUGAAGCGGCCGCCGCCCUCGGACGCCCCGCCUGUGCGCACGCGCGCCUCCCCGGACCCGCGGGCCUACCUCCCGGCCAAGGAGCUGCUCAAGCCAGAGGGUGACCAGCGCCCCUGCGAGCGCGCACCCCGAGUCCCCGCCAGCGCCGCCCAGCAGGCCGCCAAGCUCUUCGGCCUGGACCCCGGCCGGCCGCCCCCGGCCGCCACUGACCACAAGUGGAAGCCCUUUGAGCUGGGCAAUUUUGCCACCACGCAGAUGGCCGUGCUGGCCGCCCAGCACCACCAGGCUAGCCGUGCAGAGGAGGAGGCAGCCUCGAAAAAGACGUACUUGGACCCAGGGGGUACGCGAGCUUGUGGGAGGCCGGGUGUGGACAUGCACCCGGUGACGCACGGCCCUGGAGAGGCUUCGGCCAUGCAGAGUCUAAUCAAGUACAGCGGCAGCUUCCCCCGCGAGGCCGUGGCCGUGCGCCCUGGUGGCUGCGGCAAGAAGAGCCCAUUCGGAGGCCUGGGGACCAUGAAGCCGGAGCCCGCGCCCACCACGGGGGGUGCCCCGCGCGCCCAAGGCCGCCUCCAGCACCCUGGAGGCCCCACAGCGAGUGGGGGACGACAACUGAAGAAGGAUCCGGAAAGACCUGAGAGUGCAAAGACUUUCGGACGUGAAGGUUCCGGCGUGCAGGGCGAGGCCGAGGUGCGGCACCCGCCCGUGGGCAUCGCGGUAGCUGUGGCCAGGCAGAAGGACAGUGGAGGGAGUGGCCGACUAGGACCCGGUCUGGGAGACCAGGAACGCUCCUUGUCUCUGAGCAAUGUCAAAGGACACGGACGCGCCGAGGAGGGCUGUGCGGACGAGCGAGGUCGGCACCGAGACGAGCGGCUGCUGGACGGGCGGCUGGACCGGGACCAGGAGAAGCUGCUUCGAGAAAGCAAGGAGCUGGCAGACUUGGCCCGCCUGCACCCCACCAGCUGUACGGCCAAUGGCCUGAACCCCAACCUCAUGGUGACAGGAGGCCCUGCACUCUCGGGCUCUGGCCGCUGGUCAGCUGACCCUGCAGCCCACCUGGCCACACACCCCUGGCUGCCUCGCUCGGGCAGCACGUCCAUGUGGCUUGCAGGUCACCCCUACGGCCUGGGCCCCCCUUCUCUGCACCAGGGCAUGGCGCCCGCUUUUCCCCCUGGCCUAGGUGGCUCCCUGCCUUCCGCCUACCAGUUUGUCCGAGACCCCCAGUCGGGCCAGCUGGUGGUCAUCCCCAGCGAUCAUCUGCCUCACUUUGCGGAUCUGAUGGAGCGGGCGGCGCCCCCGCUCUGGUCCACGCUGUACCAGCCGGGCCGAAGCCCCCUGCACCACGCCCAGCAGUUGCAGCUCUUCUCCCAGCAGCACUUCCUGCGACAGCAGGAGUUCCUCUACCUGCAGCAGCAGGCGGCCCAGGCCCUGGAGCUGCAGAGGAGCGCCCAGCUGGUGCAGGAGCGGCUGAAGGUCCAGGAGCACCGUGCGGAGAUGGAGGAGAAGGUGGGCCGGCGCAGCCUGGAGGCGGCCAGCAAGGCCAGCCUGGCUGCCUCGGGCCCUGGGGUGCUGCCCAGGAAGCCCUCCGCCCCCGCCUACAGCAAGAGCUUGAGCCCACCACCCCCGCUGUCCCCUCGUGCGUCUCCGGUGGCUGCCCUGAAGGCCAAGGUCAUCCAGAAGCUGGAGGAUGUGUCCAAGCCGCCCAGCUAUGCUUACCCCGCCACGCCCAGCUCACACCCCAGCAGUCCACCGCCCGCCUCCCCGCCGCCUGCCCCCAGCAUCACCCGCAAGGAGGAGGCUCCUGAAAACGUGGUGGAGAAGAAGGACCUGGAGCUGGAGAAGGAAGCCCCCAGCCCCUUCCAGGCCCUGUUCUCAGAUAUCCCCCCCAGGUACCCGUUCCCAGCUCUGCCUCCCCACUAUGGAAGGCCCUACCAGUUCCUGCUGCAGCCCACGGCAGCCGCCGAUGCCGACGGCCUGGCCCCCGACGUCCCGCUCCCCGCUGAGGGUCCUGAGCGCCUGGCCCUCUCGCCUGAAGACAAGCCCAUUCGCCUGUCCCCGUCUAAGAUCCCGGAGCCGCUGCGGACGCCCCCGGAGGAAGAGCCGCUGGUGGAGCGGGAGGUGAAGGCGGAGGUGGAGGACCUGGAUGAGAGCCCCCCGGAGCUGCCUCCACUGGGGUCUCCACUGGCCCUGCCCGCUGCUGAGCCCGGGCCGGCCCCGAGCCCUGCCCUGGCCUGUGGGGCUGGGCUGCUAGAGGCCCAGGCGCUGAGUGCAACAGGGCCCGCGUGCACGGAGCCCCCCGAGUGCCCUGAGUGUGCGGAGGGAGCGGAGGCACGUGUGGACUCGCCCUGCCGGACAGAAGCCUGUGUGGCGUCCUCGGACCUGGGGGGCCAACUGACCCCCGAGACUCUGGUGGAGGCCAAGGAGGAGCCGGUGGAGGUGCCGGUGGACAUGCCCAUGGGGGAGGCUGAGCCGGAGGAAGACCUGGCCCCCGCAGCCACCGGCGAGCCCCACCCGAGCCUGGAAUUGCCGGACUGUGCUGUGCCCGCUGCAGAGGGCGAGUGUCUGGGCCUCGAGGCCCCGGAGGCCGUGGCCAGCAGCUCCUGCUUCCUAGAAGAGACGGAUGCUGAGCGUUUCCUGCCCAGCAUGGAGGACCCGCUGGCAGGCAUGAACGCCCUGGCAGCCGCGGCAGAACUGCCCCAGGCCAGACCCCUGCCGUCUCCGGCCGCUGGGCCCCAGGCCUUGGAGAAGCUGGAGGCCGCCCAGAACCUGGUCCUGGAGCAGAGCUUCCUGCACGGUAUCACCCUGCUGAGCGAGAUCGCGGAGCUGGAGCUGGAGAAGAGGAGCCGGGAGCCGGGAGGUCCGGAGCGUGCUGUGGGGGUGCGGCCCUCGCUGGAGAGCCUACUGGCAGCCAGCAGCCACAUGCUUCAGGAGGUGCUGGACAGCCCUUUCGUGGACCCGCUGAAGAACCUGCGGCUGCCCCGCGAGCUCAACCCCAACAAGAAGUACAGCUGGAUGCAGAAGAAGGAGGAGCGGAUGUAUGCCAUGAAGUCCUCCCUGGAGAGCAUGGACGCCAUGGAGCUGGACUUCCGCAUGAGGCUGGCCGAGUUACAGCGGCAGUACAAGGAGAAGCAGCGUGAGCUGGUCAAGCUGCAGCGGCACCGGGACUCCGAGGAUGGGAGUGAGGACCCCCAUAGAAGCUUGACCCGCCGAGGCCCUGGCAGGCCGAGGAAACGGACCCACGCCCUGAGCGCCCUGUCGCCCCCCAGCCAGAGAGUGAAGAGCCGUGACAGUAGUGGAAAGGUGAGCAGCAAGUCCCUGCUGACGUCCGAUGACUUUGAGCUGGGAGCAGGCCUACGGAAGAGGCACAAGGGGGCCGAGGAGGAACAUGACGCCCUCAUAGGACUUGGGAAAGCCAGGGGCAGGAGCCAGGCCUGGGAUGAGCAUGAACCCUCCGACUUCAUGAGCCAGCUGAAGGUGAAGAAGAAGAAGAUGGCCAGCGACCAGGAGCAGCUGGCAAGCAAGCUGGACAAGGCCCUGUCCCUCACCAAGCAAGACAAGCUCAAGUCGGCGGCCUUCAAGUUUUCGGACAGUGGUGGGGGGAAACUGAAAGCUGGCGGGGGCUGCAGCAGGUACCUGACCUCCUAUGACAGCCUGCUCGGCAAGGACAGAAAGGCCCUGGCCAAAGGCCUCGGCCUGUCCCUCAAAGCUUCCCGGGACAAUAAACACAAAAGGGCAGCUAAAGCCAGGAAGAUGGAGGUGGGGUUCAAGGCCAGAGGCGCGUCCAAGGCCAGCCACUCUCCGUUCACCUCGGAAGUGAGCAGCUACUCCUACAAUACCGACUCGGAGGAAGAUGAAGAGUUCUUGAAGGACGAGUGGGCUGGCCAAGGGCCCUCCGGCUCCAAACUGACCUCUUCCAUUCUGUGUGGCAUGGUGGCCAAGAACAGCAAGCCCGCCGGGGGCCCUAAGCUGGCCAAGCGGGGCCUGGGGGGCCCCCGGACUCUGAAAGCCAAGGCGGCCGCCGGCAGGAAGCAGCCGUUCUGCUUGCUGCUGCAAGAGGCCGACCCGCGUUCCUCCUUCAGUGACUCUUCGGAGGAGGACUCGUUUGACCAAGAUGAGAGCUCCGAGGAGGAGGACGAGGGGCUGGAGGAGGAGGAGGACGAGGCCGGCGGCUAUAGGCUGGGGGCCCGGGAGCGGGCCCUGUCGCCGGGCCUGGAGGAGAGUGGGCUGGGCCUCCUGGCUCGCUUUGCAGCCAGCGCCCUGCCCAGCCCCACUGUGGGGCCAGCCCUGUCGGUGGUACAGCUGGAGGCUAAGCAGAAGGCCCGGAAGAAGGAGGAGCGGCAGAGCAUGAUGGGCACUGAGUUCGAGUACACUGACUCAGAGAGCGAAGUCAAGGUGCCGAAGUGCUCGCCCGCGGGCCUGCUGCGGCCCAAGAAGGGGCUCGGGGAUCCAGGAGGGGGCCUGGCCGGGCCUGCGCCCGGCGCCCGCGGCCCAACCAGCCCCGACAAGGCCAAGCUGGCAGCAGAGAAGGGGCGCAAGGCGCGCAAACUGCGGGGCCCUAAGGAGGCUGGCUUCGAGGCAGGGCCCGAGGCCAGUGACGACGACCUGUGGACGCGACGGCGCAGCGAGCGCAUCUUCCUGCACGACUCGGCCCCCGCGCCCCCCGCGCCCACCACCGCCCCGGCGCCUAAGGCCACACGCUGCACCAAGGGUGGUGCGCUUAGCCCGCGCAAGGACAGCGGCCGCGCCAGGGACAGGAAGGACCCCCGCAAGAAGAAGAAGGGGAAGGAGUCGGGGUCGGCGCUGCCACCGCCCCGCACGCCAGCCCUGCCCGCCGACGCCCGGGCCCCUCACAGCUCUCUGGCCACCACCAAGCGGAGCAAGGCCAAGGGCAAAGGCAAGGAGGUGAAGAAGGAGAACCGUGGGAAGGGGGGCGCUGUGAGCAAGCUCAUGGAGAGCAUGGCAGCUGAGGAGGACUUUGAGCCCAACCAGGACUCGAGCUUCUCAGAGGAUGAGCACCUCCCACGUGGUGGGACCCUGGAGCGGCCACUGACACCAGCCCCUCGCUCCUGUGUCAUCGACAAGGAUGAACUCAAGGAUGGGCUGCGUGUGCUCAUUCCCAUGGACGACAAGCUGCUGUACGCUGGACACGUGCAGACCGUGCACUCGCCAGACAUAUACCGCGUGGUGGUGGAGGGGGAGCGCGGGAACCGGCCCCACAUCUACUGUCUGGAGCAGCUGCUGCAGGAGGCGAUCAUUGACGUGAGGCCGGCCUCCACGCGCUUCCUGCCCCAGGGGACCAGGAUCGCCGCCUACUGGAGCCAGCAGUACCGCUGCCUCUAUCCUGGCACCGUGGUCAGAGGCUUACUGGGCCUUGAGGACGAUGGAGACCUCAUCACCGUGGAGUUUGAUGACGGUGACACGGGACGCAUCCCCCUGUCCCACAUCCGCCUGCUGCCUCCUGACUAUAAGAUCCAGUGUGCUGAGCCGUCCCCUGCCCUCCUGGUGCCCAGUGCCAAGCGUCGCAUCCGGAAGACCAGCAAAGACACCAGUGAGGGCAAAGAUGGGCCCACGGCAGGUGCAGACGAGCCCGGAGCCAAGGCCAAGGGCCGCGGCCGGAAGCCCAGCACCAAGGCCAAGGGCGACAAAGCUGCUGUCCUGGAGGAGGGGGGCCCCACCGAUGAGGUGCCCAGCACCCCCUUGACCCUGGAGCCCAUCAGUAGCCCAGCUUCCAAGAAGAGCUCCCCCGAGCCCACCGAGAAGCGGCCAAAAGCCCCCAAGGCCCGCCUGUCACCCCCCCAGCCCAGCCCUGGAACCCCUAGCUUUGCCGGCUGCCCAGCUCCUGAACCCUUCGGGGAGGUGCCUGUGUCCCCCACCUCUGUGACCCCGGCACCCCUUGCAACCAUGCCCCUCACCAUGCCCGCCACCCGCCCCAAACCCAAGAAGAUGCGGGCAGCCGAGGAACCGGGUGCCAAGGGCCCAAGGAGGCCGGGCGAGGAGGCCGAGCUGCUGGUCAAACUGGACCACGAGGGCGUGACGUCCCCUAAGAGCAAGAAGGCCAAGGAGGCGCUGCUGCUGCGUGAGGACACGGCCAUGGCGGGCUGGCAGGACCCCAAGGGCCUCCCGGGCCUGGGCAGCUUCCCCUCAGCCGUGAGCAUCAGUGAGCCCAAGCCCGGACGGCCCAAGGCCCUAGACGGCGAGCUGCCGCCGGAGGACUCGGGGGGCCCCGAGAGCCCCGACAAGGGCCAGGCCGAGCAGGACGGGGCGGACGAGUCCGAGAGCAGCAGCAGUGGGGACAGCAGUGGGAGCAGCAGCUCCGAGACGGAGGGCGAGGAGGACGCGGGCAAGGCCGGCGAGGAGGGCCGGGCGGGCGGGGGCCGGGCCUGCAGCGCCUCCAGCUCCCGGCCCAAAAAGAGGGAAGGCGUCCACCUCCCCACCACCAAGGAGCUGGCCAAGCGGCAGCGCCUGCCGUCUGUGGAGAACCGGCCCAAGAUUGCCGCCUUCCUGCCGGCCCGCCAGCUCUGGAAGUGGUUCGGCAAGCCCACUCAGCGGCGUGGCAUGAAAGGCAAAGCCCGCAAGCUCUUCUACAAGGCCAUCGUGCGAGGCAAGGAGAUGAUCCGCAUCGGGGACUGUGCUGUCUUCCUGUCUGCUGGCCGCCCCAACUUGCCUUAUAUCGGCCGCAUCCAGAGCAUGUGGGAGUCCUGGGGUAACAACAUGGUGGUCCGCGUUAAGUGGUUCUACCAUCCCGAGGAGACCAGCCCGGGAAAGCAGUUCCAUGAAGGCCAGCCCUGGGACCAGAAGUCGGGCCGGAGCCUCCCUGCUGCUCUACAAGCCUCCAGCCAGAGGAAGGACUUCAUGGAGCGCGCCCUGUACCAGUCUUCGCAUGUGGACGAGAACGACGUGCAAACGGUGUCCCACAAGUGCCUGGUGGUGGGCCUGGAGCAGUACGAGCAGAUGCUGAAGACCAAGAAGUACCAGGACAGCGAGGGCCUGUACUACCUCGCAGGCACCUACGAGCCCACCACGGGCAUGAUCUUCACCACCGACGGCGUGCCCGUGCUCUGCUGA